AUGGCGGAAGCCAAAGCACCUAUCACGGAGACAGCAGUGUCUCACCCUUCCUCGGGCUCAAUAGAUACUGUCGCGGACCCAGCGCUUGUCGUAUCAGGCAACGAGAAGUCGUUGGAAACGGUCGACCGGGAAGCCUCAACAGAUUCUUCGGAUGAUGGGUAUGAGUUUCCAACUGAGGAAGAGACUGAAACCCUCCGCAAGGUCCCUGGAAACUUGCCCUUGGUUGCCUUUGCUCUCUGCUUGGUAGAAUUUGCCGAACGAGCAUCCUACUAUGGCGCCAAGACUGUCUUCUCCAACUUUGUUGAGUUUCCAUUGCCCAAAGGCGGUAAUGGAGCGGGUGCUCCUCCACGGCACACACAGGAAACCGCCGGCGCAUUGGGAAUGGGCCUCCAAGCCGCGUCAGGAUUGACACUGCUCUUCCUCUUCCUGGCAUACGUUAUCCCAAUCUUCGGUGGUUGGUGGGCAGAUGUUCAUGUCGGUCGAUACAAGGCCAUCAUCGUCGGCGUAGCUAUUUGCGGCGUUGCACACAUCAUCCAAGUCUUCGGUGCAAUCCCCUCCGUCCUCCAAAGAGGUGCAUCCAACUCAGCCCCACCAUUCAUCAUCGGAAUGAUACUGCUAUCUUUCGGCGCCGGAAUCUUCAAGCCCAACAUUGCACCGACCAUCCUGGACCAGAAUCGCCAGAAAAAGGCAUACAUCAAGACUCUCAAAUCUGGAGAGCGGGUCAUUGUCGACCCCGAGUCGACGACUACUCGCACCAUGCUUAUUUUCUAUGGCUUUGUCAACGUUGGUGCUUUCUUCAUGCUGGCCACUACUUACGCUGAGAAGUAUGUCGGGUUCUGGUUGUCGUUCCUCUUGGCGGGAAUUAUUUAUUUCUUGCUUCCUAUUCUGCUGUUUGCGGUGUAUAAGAAGACUUAUAAGGCACCGCCUGCUGGAAGUUCGGAACUUUCCCGAGCUUUGAAGAUUUCGGGGGCUGCGCUGCGUCAGAACAAGUUCCAAGUGUGGCGCAAGGACUUUUGGGAGGCUGUAAAGCCUGCUAAUCUUCGUGAGAAGGGAAUUGUCGUUGACUGGACUGAUAGCAAUGUCAGGGAUGUAGCCAGGGCAGUCAGUGCGUGCGAUAUUUUCUGGUUCUACCCCAUCUGGAACCUCAACGACGGCGGCAUUGGUUCCGUCUCCUCAAACCAAGGUGCUUCCAUGAUCACUAACGGCGCACCCAACGAUGUCCUCAACAACUUCAACGCCCUCACCAUCAUCUUCGUGGUCCCCCUCAUGACAUACGUCGUGUACCCAGCCCUCCAACGCCGCAACAUCAGAUUCGGACCCAUCAGCCGCAUCACCUUCGGCUUCUUCCUAGCAACCCUCGCCGGCCUCGCCGGUACUCUUGUUCAAUGGCGUGUGUACAAGCUCUCACCCUGUGGCUUUUAUGCCUCAACUUGCGACGAGGUAGCACCCAUCAGCAUCUGGUGGCAACUUGCCAAUACCAUCCUCAGCGCACUGAGUGAAAUCUUUGCCAACGUAACCGCGUAUGAAGUUGCGUAUGCGCGAUCUCCCGAGGGUAUGCGAGGACUGGUGAUGGCAAUCUUCCUCUUUAUGAAUGCUUUGUCGAGCGCGAUCGGUGAGAUUUUGCUUCCUGCCACUAAGGAUCCGUGGUUGUUGUGGAUUUGGGGUGCGCCGACUGUUGCGCUUGCGUUGCAAACUGUUAUUUUCUGGUUCCGGUUCAAGCAUCUGAAUGAUGAGCAGUAUUAUGUUACUUCGGUGGAGAAUCAGGAGUCUGUUGGGGAUGUGGAAAAGAAGCCUGGUGUGUCGGUUUGA